GGAACAACAAUUAUUGAACACUAUGCACACUAAAGAUAACGUACAACAAUGAUAGUUUAAACUAACGGUAACACAUUCUCAUCUGUACUUGCAAACCACAUUCUUAUAGUCCACCGCGUCGAGCCAACAGUAUUUAAGAUUGAGUAAGAAUUGGAACAGACAGUAUCACUUACUUGUGUUACAAAAAUGGACAACUCAAGUACUCUUUUCACACCCAUUCAAUCUGUGAAUUUUCUUCCAUUAAUUUAUUGUCUAAAUGUAUUAGGCGAUGUAUUCUAUUCGGAACAACUAUUAACAAAAGCAAACAAGAGAAAACCGUUCUUAAUCAUAAAUACUCUCUACGAGCAUCUGGAUAAAACGAAAAAUGAAACGGAAGCAAAGCAACAAUUAGUACAAAAAUUAUUAAACGGCACUGAUCUGUAUGGAGGGAAUAAAGACGAAAUUCUUGAUAUGGACUAUGUGGAUAAAACUCUUGACCACAUAGUCAGUGGUGUUGUAUUUUUGCAGUGGAACAAUCUUUACGGAUAUUUAGGGUCAGUUGUAAGCACAUCAACCAACUUGAAGUUAUCUGAUUUCAAAAAGACUUUGAUUAGAGAUCUUUCCUACCUACGACACUUGGAUGACGAUGAUGAAGUUUCCAGUCUCACCGAAUUAUCAAUAACCAGAAUUGUGGAGGCACUCAUUUGGCCCUUAUUUCCGGAACGAAAACAUGAUAUAACAAUAAUUAGUGUCGAAUAUCUUUACGCACUAGCUGGACUCAAAUUAGCUCAGACGGCGCAGAUGAACCUAACUGAUAUGAAUUUUCACAGAUACGUGACACUUGGAAUGACUACAGAAGUAACUGCAAUUAGCAAGGAACUUCCUGAAUCAGUUUUGCAAAUUUUUGCUCUACCGGCAAUUAUUUACUACGCUUACAAAGAAAGGGAAAAAUUCAAUCAACGAAAAGUGAAAAUUUUCAUAAACAAUGAAGACUUUUGGUCCGAUGCGUUUUUCACUUUGUUCACUUACUUAUAUUCAACCUUCGAGACUAUUCGACAAGAAGCACUUGCUUCUAAUUCCCUCUACCAAUUUCAUCUCGAAAUGUCGAAAUUCAAAAAUCGAACCGUAGUUGCCAGGGAAACGUUACACAAAGAAUGCAGCUACCUCAAUGACACUUACCUAGAAUCCCUAAUCGAAGACUACAAAACCUAUUCAUCAAGUACUCGUUGUCAUAGACAUGCAAAAUUACUCCCAAAUCUGGAACUAGUCUACGAAGCACAAUUCCAUUCCAUCAAGGAAAAAUAUCGUCUAAUGGAACUAGACUUCAUUCGAUCAGCUUUUGACGAUCUUCCCCUUCUAAAAACUUUGAUAAAUUCUACAGGCACAAUUGUUUAUAAAGCUUCACCUAAACCAAAUGAUAUGUACUGUUAUCUAUGUCCACCAACAAUGCCAACAUUUAAUCCAAAUAUAAUUUUGUUCGGAGUCAAAGGCGAAAAUCAAACUGUAUUUUUCGCCUUGGAGCACAAUGAGAAUAACGUUACUCUGAUUCUCCACAGAGGGGAAAAGAUCGAAUUCAAUACAAGAAUUGGAUUGGGAGAAAAUGUCGAAGUUGAAGUUCCACUCGUUAGAACGCGUAUAAAACAACCUGAGGAGAGUUUUGAUUUCUUCGUGGAGAAAAUAGCGGAAAUGAAAGCAGAGGAAUUUAGAAAACAGCUUUUCGGUUAUGGAUACGAUACAACUAGUAUGGAGAAGUUUUUCGAAAUUUUAAAAGCGUUUAUACCUUUCUAUCAUUGUAUACAGUAUGCAAGAGCUGGGGAGCAAGGAAUGGCGGCUUUGACCUGCAUCGGAGAUGUUGUCGGCUUGAUACCUUUCGUAGGGGUUUUUAACAUUGGCUUCAAGAUGAGUACCAUGACAAUUAAUCGAUUUUUGUUGACUGCCGAACUAUCGCUACGAAGUUACACUUUGCGACAAGCGAUUCUGACGACAAUGACCGUUGGUCUACGGAAUACCGCACUCGAACUUAGUGGGAUUUUCUCAAAAGUAAUUUUUACCAAACAAAUGUUUAAAGCUGUGUCCGUUGGGGUCAUUCGUACCCUCGAUCCUGGUUUUGAACUGGUUGGUAAAUUGACCACUCGUGGCAGUGUUUUGAUAGGAAAAGUCAUGAACAAAGCUUUUAAACAAGUUUCGAAAAAAUUUCCAUCUUUAAAUUUCAAGUAUGCAAAGUUUGAAAAUAUUUUGCUGCACCUAACGGGACAGAGUGCUAAAUCUGCGGAUAUAAAAAUUGUUUCCGUACCAGGAAUAGAAAGGAAGGAAAUAGAAGGACGUGAAGUAUUUAGAUUUAUCUACCCUGGAGGAAAGGAACCCUUCGGACCAAAGUACAUCCAAUUGUCCAAAGGAUACGCAGAAUUAAGACACUUGAAUGGUUUUGAGAAAGAGAUUCCUGUCGUCAUAACAAAAGUAUCCAAACGCGGAAGGAUAUUCUUCAAGAGAAUUAAUUUAGAAACAGAAGAACUGUUUGGACUUGAACUGAAACUAAACAAGCAUGGUAAACUUGAAAAUGCAAAGCAACCGUUUCGACAACAUAUAUACAAAAUUAAAACAGAGGGUUUGGGAGGUAGAGGAGCAAUAAUGGUUAGAAGAGAAAAAAGUAUCACAGACGCAGUAAAAUUGGUUGUAGAUGCGAAAAUUGGUGUUAACAGAUACAACGCUGAAAAAACAAUGCGGCAUUAUGUACUAGAAAGUAAUAUCCCCAGUAAUAUUGAUGAUCUCGUAGAUGUGGAAAUAGACUUCGGAAAAUUGAAUGAUCUCGAGAUUCAGAAUUUCGUAACAGAGCACGUAAGUGGAAUUGACGAAUUACCUAUGAUAGAUCCGAAUUUGAAUAAAUAUUUGCCAGUGCCCACGUAUUAUGACUUUGCUCUUGAUUGGAUUAGAACCAAACAGAUUAGUCAGGUGUACAGUGAAUUUUACGUCAAGAAUCCAGAUGGUUUAGAAAAGAUACUAUAUAACAGUAGAAUAGUGGUUAAUCCUAAUUUCCACACAUUAGAAGCAAGAAAUAAAAUCUCUGGACUUUACAAUUUAAAAAAUGAUCAAGUGCAUCAGGUGGAUUUACAGACUGCACUUAAUAUCUACUCAUCAACAAAUAUAUUCGAACACAGUACAUUCGAGGAUUAUUAUGCCCUUCUUAUUUGGCAACAUAACGGUUUUACAAACAUUAUGAAUCCUUUUCUUGCAACGCAAAUAAAAAAUUCUUUGUACAGAUUGGCAAUUAGACAAAGCAACAAUGAUUUAAGAAAGAAAAAAUUGUUUCAGUUGGAAAUAAGACGUCCGUUAGAAUUUGAAAGGGAUCCUUCACAAUUGGUGGAUAAAAUUCUAAUCUUCUUCAAAAUACAAUUAUCAAUGAGUGAAAUAGAAAUGUAUAAAGAAUUACUUGCCUAUCAGCCUAGAGAACCUGUUCAAAUAUUUCUGUAUGAAGUUAAGAUUGAUUCUUCGUAUUUAGCAGUAGAUUUGGAAGACAUCAUUUCAAUCAAAGAUGCUGCUGUGCUGCUUCCUGAUAUGCCUUACGUAAUACAAAGUGCGAAAAGAACAGUAAUCAUGGGCUUUGAUAUUAUUUACGUCAUAAUGCAAAAUGAACCGAUUGCAAAAGAAACGGUUAUUGCGAAACUAAUGAAUGAAAUAGACACACCUAGAGCUAAUUUUGUUGGUUGAAUUUCAUGUGUUGAUAUACGAUGCAAAAAGUUAAAUUUUAAAUUUGUGAGGGAUGACACUGUGGACUAAUACUCUAAAGUUCUAUUACUGUUUUUAAAUAAUAAUAUAGAUUGUAUAAAUUAAUUUACCAGUACAGUGGUGUGAAUGAGUAAAUACAACCGUGUUAUUUCAAAAAAUUGUCAUUUAUAUUAUAAAAUUAUAAAACAGUCAAUUUUCAUAAAAGACAGAAUAUACAA